GACUGUCGGCUGAAAUGACACAAAAUGAGAUGUUGCAUUUUCUAAAAAUAAAAAAUAAUUAAAAAAACCCUAAAACUUUAAAGGGAGGUCAGCAAAGCAAAAGAACCAACUCGAAAAAAUUGCAGAUAUCUGGGAAACUAUUUUUGAUGGUGCAGAGAGAGAUGGAAGGAGAUAAAGGUCUGGUAUGCGUUACAGGUGGUACCGGGUUUAUAGGAUCAUGGCUCAUCAUGAGGCUCCUUGAUCGUGGCUACUCUGUCCGAACCACCGUUAGAUCUGACUCUGAGCAAAAGAAAGACAUCAGCUUUCUUACAAGUCUGCCAAGAGCAUCAGAGAGGCUCCAAAUCUUCAACGCAGAUCUCAGUGAUCCACAGAGUUUCAAUGCACCCAUUGAAGGAUGCACCGGCGUUUUCCACGUUGCAACUCCGGUUGAUUUUGAAGACAGAGAGCCUGAAGAAAUAGUUACAAAAAGAGCAAUCGAUGGAGCGCUGGGUGUCUUACAAGCAUGCUUAAAUUCCAAGACAGUGAAGCGAGUUGUAUACACUUCCAGUGCAUCAGCUGUUGUAUUCAAUGGCGAUCAGGAGGUUGAUGAAAUGGAUGAGAGCUUUUGGAGCGACGUAGAUUUCCUCAAAGCUCCAAAUCCAACUGGAAAUUCAGGCUCCUACAUGAUUUCAAAGACAUUAACUGAAAGGGCAACCCUUGAAUUUGCAGAAAAACAUGGAUUGGAUGUCGUAACCAUAAUUCCUUCCUUCGUUGUCGGACCCUUCAUUUGUCCGAAGUUCCCAAGCUCUGUUCGUGCAAUCUUGGCUAUGGUCUUGGGUGACAAGGAUCAAUAUAGUUUUCUUCUCAAUGCAUCAUUGGUCCAUGUAGAUGACGUGGCCAGGGCACAUAUUUUUCUCCUUGAAUGUCCUACUGUAAAAGGAAGGUAUAAUUGUUCAUCAGAUGUCGUCACAAUUGAGCAGAUGUCUCAAUUUCUGUCAGCUAGGUACCCAGAAUUUCAAAUACCAACAUUAGAUUCUUUGAAGGAAAUUAAAGGGUAUAAAAUACCGAGUCUCUCAACAAAAAAGCUGUUAGAUUCUGGCUUCAAAUACAAGUAUGGGAUCAAUGAAAUGUUCGAUGGAGCUAUUCAAUGCUGCAAAGAGAAGGAGAUGGCGUAUACAUUAUCAAAUGUGAGAUCUAAAUUCCGGUACAAUAUGAAUAAGAGCAAUGUUGAUGAAGCUUAUUCCUGCUAGAUUUGCUUCUUGGAAGAUUGUGAAUAUGGUGUGCCUUUUCCUUUUGUUGUUAUUGUAGUUAUCAAUGUGGGUUUUGUGAGUGCAUUUUCUGGGUUUUCUAAUGUCUUCAUGUUGUACCUAAUAAGAGAGAUACAUGGUAUCAUUUUAUGCCAUUUGCCAAGCUGUAGAAGAUUCUUUUAAAUACAAACUUUUGCUGUUG